UUUCCUCUUCUUUCCCUGAUCCCUUGUGCUUCCACAACCUCCUCCUUCCUUCCUUUUUUCUCUCCAUAUAUUUCUACCUCCAUAUAAAUUCAACUAGGGUUUCCAUUUUCUCAAUGAGAAAGCCUUGCUGUGACAAGCAGGACACCAACAAAGGCGCCUGGUCCAAACAAGAAGACCAGAAACUUAUUGAUUAUAUUCGAAAACACGGCGAAGGUUGCUGGCGAACUCUCCCUCAAGCUGCAGGGCUACUUCGCUGUGGUAAAAGUUGUAGACUGAGAUGGAUAAAUUAUCUUCGGCCUGACCUGAAAAGAGGCAACUUUGCCGAGGAUGAAGAAGAUCUCAUCAUCAAACUUCAUGCACUCCUUGGCAAUAGGUGGUCACUGAUAGCUGGAAGAUUGCCUGGGCGUACAGACAAUGAAGUGAAAAAUUAUUGGAAUUCCCAUUUAAGGAGGAAGCUUAUAAACAUGGGGAUCGAUCCAAAUAAUCAUAGAUUAAACCACAGUCUUCCUCGUCCUGCACAUCCUAUCUUGACGAGCAUAGAAACAAUACAAAUGAAAAACGAUAUGAAUAAUACACAACGGUAUGACAAUGAUCAAGUUUCUGAUGCCAGAAGUUGCUUGGACGAUGAGACACCACGUGGGUCGUUGACGUUGCCUGAUUUGAACCUCGAUCUCUCUAUGAGCUUUCCUUCACCUUCUUCAUCACUUGGUAUUAAUAGGGAUGAAGAUCUGGAGAAAAAAAAUCAACAUUGAUCGUAAUCUAAGCCAAAAAGAACAAAUGCCUUCUGACGCUGCCGCACUUGUUCUCUUCCAAUAAUCAGUCUCAUUUUGCACAAAUUAAUUGUUCCAAAUAGCCAAUUAAUAGAAAUCGUCCCAUUUUAGUCAGCUAGAAGAGGGUUGAGAUUUUCUUGUAUAUUUUAGUAGUAAUUGCCUUAAAUAAUAUAUUUUUGACAUAAGUGUAUUGAAUUUCAAGUUAAAUUUCAUUUGCCUAAACUUAGGGCUGGACUUGAAUUGA